CACAAUCUCGUGUUAUCACACGCGAGUAUUAUGGAUGAAGACCAGUCAGAAGCUAUCCCACUAAAGGCACAGAAGCCGCUCUCCUACCAUAAAGCUUGCCCAGAUGACCCUCCCGCUUGCACCCAGUUUCUCAAGCUUGUAGGGGAAGACGCCGUAGGUGCAGUUAGAAAACUUCUUGAGGAAGACCCAAGCAUUGAUACCAGUGUGAAAGAUGAACUUGGAAGACCGGCAAUGGUCAUUGCCAUUGAUCAAGAUAACUACGAUAUGAUCCAGUGCCUGUGUGAGUUGACCCUUGACCCCGAGGAUGCAUUACUCCAUGCUAUUGAGACGCACAGUACUCAUGCGAUAGACACAAUGUGUGAUCACCUACCACCUGAUACCAAACUAGAGGUUCUUAAUCGAUAUCCGAAGACCCAUAGAUGGCCAGUGACGACGGUUCCACUACUUCUAGCAGCGCGACUAGAAAACAACGUCUCAAUAGUUAAGACGUUGAUCAAACACGGCGCAGUGAUACCGCCACUAGAAGAACUACGUCAGCGAGUCUCUAAAGAUAGCUAUGGGAACUUCCUGGCGUCAAUCCAUUGGUACGAGGCAAACAGCGACAACGCCUACAUCGUUAUCACUUCUACGGACCCGGUGAAAAGGAUCUUUGAAUUGGGUAAAAGUCUUGAGCAGCUUCAGAACUCCUUCCAUGUGCCACGAUCAAAACAACUAUGUGAGAACAUUGGAGCUAAGCUUUCAGCUCUGAGCGUCAGGAUGUUGAACUUGACCCGAGAUGAUAAGGAGGUCGACUUGCUCCUGAAUGGUGGAGGGAAAAACACACCUCAUCCCUCCGUGCCACUUAGAAUACAGCAAGCUAUCGAUGUGGGCUUCAAAGAAUUUGUGAGCCACCCGAGUUGCCAGGAUUACAUGGUAUCCCAAUGGCAGCUCUCGUCACCGUACCACGAUCAUCUCAACGGAGGGCCGUGGGUUAAGACCGCUCUGCUCCAUGUCUUCAUGGUGACUUUCUUCUUCAUUCCGUGUCUCGUCUACACCUUCAUCCCGAUUGACAAUGUCCGUCUUCAGAUGAAGAGACCGUUUGUUCGAUUCAUGCUGACCCUGUCGUCGAGGUUGUACUUUCUAUUCCUCCUCGUUAUCUCGACACUGGAGCCCAUGCAGUAUGCGACUGAUGUCAUCCCCCCGGAUGCUAGCGAACUGAACGGCCAAUUCACACGACUACUCAACUACAAAACCAAGAGUUGGGAUGCGUGCAUGAUUCUUAUCAUUACUUGGAUCAUAGGAAUGACUGUCGCAAAGGUGCAACAUAUAUGGACCGUUGGGAUACAGUACUACGCGACGAAACAACCCUGGAGCCUUCUUGAAGUGACUCAGCUCAUCUUGUACUGGAUAUACAUAGCACUCAAUAUCGUGGCUUACGUAAAGAAUAUGCAGGAGACUGUAACAACACCAAGCAAACUGUUAAGGGAGACCGUUCAAGAUGAAGAGAUGGUAAACACUUCAAGUCAAAUGGAACUACCAUAUCUUGAUACAGCACAGUACGGCAUGCAGAUAGGCAAUACUCGCUUCGAGUGGAACCAACACGAGCCCCUCCUCAUAGCAGAAAUCGCCUUCUCUGUCGCUAACGUCCUGACCUUCCUCCACCUUCUUCACUGCCUCCUGGUUGUGGAGUCCCUUGGACCUCUUCUCGUCUCCAUUAAAGGCAUGAUGGUAGACGUCUGUAAGUUCCUCGUCAUCUUCAUCUUUGUCUUGGUGUCGUUCGCCAUCGGGUUGACCCAGCUGUACCGGACGUUUGAGGCCCUGGAUAAGGAGUUGUGCGAGGCAUUAGAGAAGAAGGAGGAUUGUCCGGAAACUCCGUUUCUAUCAUUUUCGAAUUCGAUGUGGUCUCUCUUCUGGUCGUUAUUCAACCCGAUUGAACUCCAGAACCUGACCGUGGAUGAGGACCUGUUCUUUACUGGCCUCGUGGGGGCGUCACUCUACGCUACGUUUAUGUUGCUGUGUGUUGUUGUACUUCUCAAUGCCCUCAUAGCAAUGAUGAGUAAUACAUAUACGAGAGUUGAGGAAAACUCAGAUGUGGAAUGGAAAGUUGCCCGUACGAAGCUGAUGAGUGAAUACAUGUCAUUACGCGUGACUGUCCCUCCUCCAUUUAAUCUGAUCCCGAGUGUUAAAUCAAUCACGAGAUUCACUCGGUAUGUCCGUCGUAAAUGCAGCCAAAGUGACUCGGCUCAGGCGAACCAUGCAGGCCAGCCGCUGAGCGACACAGACGAUGAUUACAUGGAGUUAAGUCGUGAUCUUGCCGAGCGCUGUCGAAGAAAGUGCAAGAUGGAGGAAGUGACGGAGGCCCAUCAGAGCAAGAGACAACAAGACAUGGACCUUCUUAAAAAAGCUGUGGAAAAUAUGAGUCAAGAAAUGAAAGAACUACGUCAGCAAAUACAGCAAAGUUCGGCAGAGAAGAACAACGUAAAGUAACCGACUG